AUGAACGCGCCAGUCCAAAACAACGAAGAAUACGUCCAUUACAAUGCCCUGAACGACGAUAUCUUUGGCUCUGCGCCGAAUUCGCCUAGUCUUGAUGCUCGGCGAGAAGGCGGUGAAGAUGAUGUCGGGAGGCGCGCACUGGAACAUCCUUCAGAUGUUGCGCGCCUAAGAUCAUUGCACGUCACGAAUGGAUAUCGCGAAGGCAUCGCGACCAGCAAAGAGCAGUACAUUCAGGCUGGUUUCGAUGAGGGGUACAGUCUAGGAGGAGAAAUUGGGUUGAAGGCUGGGUGGUGUUUAGGCGCACUAGAGGGAAUGUGCAAAGGAAUUAGGCAAUCUGGAAACAGUGAGGCCACUUUGGCAGUCAAGCAUGAGGCAUUGAAACUCUACGAAGACGCCGAGAAAGAGCUGAAGACGGAGAUACUGUUCAGUGCUGAGUACUUCAGUACAGAAGGGAUCUCGCUUUUUGGAGUUACACUCAAGGAGGGGCAGACGGAGGACGAUAUCGACGUUAGCGAUGUGGCGGCUGCGCAUCCACUUAUUGCGAGGUGGACCAAAAAGGUGCUCCAAUUCGCAGAAAAAGUUGCGCUGAGUCUUCCGAAGAGGCAAAACCAGGUCGAAUGUUAGGUGCCGUUGAUCUCUUGAAACGAAACUGUCCACCGACACGUCAAACAUCGGCAUCUCAGUCUAUCCUAGCAUGCCAGAUCGAUUCUGUCUAUGGUCCGCGUUUCGAAAGCCGCCGGAGUCCUUCCUAGCUGUGAUUCAUCCGAAGGCUGCACUGGCAUUCCAAGUUGCCUCUGCUACUUGCUUGACCUCCAGUUGCCCAGCAUCUGAGCUUGCUUCUCAGCCUUCGGAACUCCGCUUGAUGAAUGCCCAUCAUAUCCCACCGGGCCGCUGCGACUCUGUGCUUCGAGCAAUCCAGCUUCUCCGCUUGUCUUCUCCGCUUC